UUUAUAAAGCACAUUUGUAUUUUAGAUAAAUAUAAAUGUAUCCAGACAGAUGUUGAGCCAGAAUUGAAUUUUUCAAGUGUGAAUAAGAAAAUCUGUGGGCUCUGCUAUUUGAAUUUUGGUAGAGGAAUUUCUCAUGAUUGUUGCAAAAGUAAAGCUGUUAACAAUAUAAUUGAUAUUAGUGAAUCGCUUGGAUAUAAAGGUGCAGAGCAAGUAGCUUCUGGAUUAUUAAAACGUAAAAUGGAACGUGAAAACAUUGUAAGUGGAAAGCAGUUCGUGUUGUCUACUGGUGGAAAUCUUCUCUCUGUUACAGUUGGAGUAAAUGAAAAUAAGUCGAAAAGAAAGAAAGUAAAUCAAGUUUCAUUCCAAACUAUUAUGGAGUUAUCGAAUGUAUUAGAACUCUCUAAGAACAAAACUAAAAAACUGUGUUCUACUUUACGCAGUAAUCUAACUGGUGUAGAAUCAAACAUUAAUAUUAAAAUGACUGAAUUACAGGAUACUCUAGAAACUUUAUAUGAAUGUAAAACUGAAGAAUUCCUUGACGGUGAUGAAAUAGUUGUUAGAGAUAUAGUUUAUGUCAAGAAUACAACUGAAUUUAUCAAAUUUAUAAUUGAUGAAAGAGGUAUUGAUACCCCUAAUGCAAUAGCAAGAAUAUCUAUAGAUGGUGGUCAAAACUUCCUUAAAGUUAUUAUUAAUGUUUUUGAUCCAAAAAAUCAUUAUUCUUCAUCCGAAAUGUAUGAAGAUUCUGGUGUGAAACGUUGUUUUAUCUUUGCGAUUGUGGAGAUGGUUUCAGAGGAUAAUGGCAAUCUCCGAAAAUUAUUGGAACCUUUGAAACUCGAAGAAGUAGAUUUUAGUUUAGCAUUUGAUUUAAAAUGUGCAAACAGUGUUUUUGGACUUUCAAGUCAUUCUGGCAAAUAUGCUUGUCUUUAUUGUGAAGGAGAAUGCUCCCUCAAAGCAGGGAAACUAAGAACAUUGGGUUCCAUAGACUUAUGUUAUGAUCAAUAUGUAUGUGAAGGAAAAAAAAGACUAAAAAUGCAGGAUUACAAAAAUGUUAUAAAUCAUCGUUUAAUAUACUUAAAAGAAAAUCAAGAAACAAUUCUUGAACACAUUGUUCCUCCUCCUGAGCUCCAUAUUAUGAUGGGAGUUGUGGAUAAACUUUGUACUAUGCUUUUAUGCGUUUGGCCACCUUUUCAAAAUUGGUUAAAAACACAUUACAUAUUAAUGAGAGGAUACCAUGGAGUAGGUUUAGAUGGAAACAAUGCUAAUAAAUUUAUGUCCUUGUUAGAUGUUUUGGAGAGGGAUGUUACCUUAACUGCAGCGAUUGAUAUUUUACCAAUAAUUAAUUGUUUGCGUAAGUUUUCAUAAGUAAAAUCAGCAGUGUUUGGUUUAGAAAUGGGUGCAGAUAUUUCUGCUAAAAUCAAAGACUUCAAAUGUUCUUUUUCAAGUCUCCAAUUAUAUGCAAAAGAUAUUUUUGACUAUGAUUUGAAAGUUUCCUGGAAAAUACAUAUUUUAGUGUGUCAUAUUCUUCCCUUUAUAGAACACAAUUAUAUUAGCUUAGGAAACUAUGCAGAAAAAUGUGGUGAAGCUGUUCACCACAAAUUUAAAAAAACUUGGGUGAACUAUAAAAGAACUAUAGGUCACAAAAAUUAUGGAAAAAAGCUAAAAUCUGCUGUAGUUAAUUUUAAUUUAAAUAAUCAGUAGCAUUAAUAUAA